GACUCAGAGCGAACUGGUCAAUUUGAGUUCCAGAACACUUCUGCAGGCUGCUGCAACAAAGGGUGAAAGGUUACACAAAUAUUAAGAGCACACAUCCUUAACAACAUUCUUAACUGAAGAAGAAAAUGUCGUCCACAUGGGAUUAACCUUAUGUGUUAAUUAGAGAUGGAAGUCAAAGAGCGGGAUUUGUUUAGAAAAUUUGUGGAGACAACUUUUCAAUUUACAAAAGCUGAGUCUACUGGUGGGGCAUGUGAUUCCUGGUGGCCUAAUGGUGGAUACGCUCCUGUAGGCUGUGGUGGUGUUGGUGAGCAACUUACACCCGGAGGAGAUCUGACUCCAGUUCCCACUGGUGCUUUUCUUGGAAGCCGUGGGACCGUGAAAGAUUGCACCUGUUUCAAUGUCGGUAGAGAUGUUGAUAAUCUUCGCAAGGCAAUAGUAGGAUUAGGCACUAAUGAACAAGCAAUUAUUGAAAUUCUGACACACAGAAGCAACUGGCAACGUCAACAGAUCUCUAAAGAAUAUAAAGGGGCCGUUGGACGUAAGCUAAUUGAUGAUUUAAAAGGUGACCUUUCUGGUGACUUUAAAAAAGUGAUCACUGCUCUGGUGUUGCCGCCAGCAGUAUUUGAUGCAAAGGAGCUAGAAAGAGCAAUGCGGGGACCUGGUACAGAUGAAAAUACGCUGAUUGAAAUUCUUGCUACAAGGAGCAAUCAACAAUUAAAAGAAAUAAAGGAAGCCUACCAUUCAGAAUUUAAAGGGGACUUGGCAAAGGAUAUUGCUGCAGAAACAUCUGGGGAUUUUAGAAGGGCUUUACUCAUUUUGCUAGAGGCAAGGAGGGAUGAAAACUGUCAGGUUGUGGAUGAAAGGCUUUUUAGAAGCGAUGCCCAGGCUCUUUACAAGGCUGGUGAGAAGAGACUAGGGACAGACGAAGCUAAAUUUAUAGAAGUCCUGUGCUUAAGGAGCCCUGCUCAGUUACAAAUAACAUUUGAAGAGUACAAAGCAGUUACCAACAGAAGCAUAGAAGACAGCAUUAAAAGCGAAAUGUCUGGGGAUCUGAAGAAUUUGAUGUUGACAAUGGUUAGUUGUUCGAAGUCUACACCUGCCUACUUUGCAGAAAGAAUCCACCAAAGUGUUAAGGGUCUUGGCACUGAUGAGAAUGCUCUCUCAAGAAUCAUGGUCAGCAGGUCAGAAAUUGACCUCUUGGAUAUUCAAGACGAGUAUUUGAAACUGUAUGGCAGAUCCUUGUACGCUACUAUCAAGGAUGAAACUUCUGGAGAUUACGGGACUACUUUGCUUAAACUCUGCGGAACAGGAAAUUAGACAGCCAUUAAACAGAUGAACAAAUUAAUGGUUCCACUUAGACUUUAAUGUAGAGAAUAGAUGAGUUUAUAUAAUAUUUAAUUAGAAUGAAAUAAAUAACAAUUAAUUGUCUAGCAAUAAUCCACAAUAUUGUAUCUAAAUUGCUCAGUUUUACAAGUGUGAUAACAGACAGAUUGGUUUCUGCUUCCUCUGAAGGAUGUUAAAUCAGAUUACAGAAUGGAGUUUAAUGUUCAGAUCUUUUAUUUACUCUAAUCUCUGACUCUGGGAGUUCUGCUGUAAAGUGUUCCCAUUUUAGGAUUGAUCUAAAUAGGGGAGUGUAGAAAUUGUUGCCUGGAAUUAGAUAUAAACCACAGGUAGUGUUGUGUAUGCCAUUUGUUAUUUUUAGAUUAGCAAAAUUUAUCAGUUACAUUAUCCAUCAUUUAACUAUUAGACUUGAUUUUGCUUUCUAUAAUCUUAUCAUUGCAUACAGAUGGUGAAAAUUACCAUCUGGAUAGUCAAAUGUCUUUUCUCCAAUUUUUCGUUCAAUCCCUAUGCUAGUAAAGGCCAGUCAUUGUCAUUGCAAAUCCAAUGUCUUUAUCCAACAUCUUCAGCCUCAUACAAUGAGUCCCCUAUUGAUCAUUUUACAAUAAUAUAGUCAGUAUUGGACUUGUACUAAUGAUCAACUGAUAUGUAAAGGUCAAUAAACGUGGGAUAAAAUGUACCUGAUAGAGUGAGAACUACAUAAAUUGUUAUACCACAACUAAAUGUUAAAAAGCUGUUUGCCUUAAUUUUUUUGUCCUAAGACCUGAGAUGCAUACAGUCUUCGUGUAGAGUAGAAGAACUAUAUCCAUUUCAGUGAGUCUCCAGAUCAUGUGAGAGUUGUGGAAAGCAAUAAAUUACAUAAGAUGGUAUUAUAGUGUACUCAUGCUGAUAAAAUUUUGCCUAUCAUAUUUUGCCAUGUCAAACAUGGUAAAGUAAUCAGGUGUACACCUACUGAUUGGUGUUGACCACUUUAUAAUAAUUCAUAGGUAUUCUAGCGUUCAUUUUGAAAUUAAAAAUUAAUCUGUAGCAGCAUAUCUUUAGUAAGCUGCUAAACUAAUUAUAACCAAUUUGCUUCUUCAGAAUCAUAGCUAUUAACUAUUAAUGAUUUGCUUUGUUUGGAGAUAUCUUUACUUCAAAGUUAUGCCAACUUUAGUUCUGUUCAACGGCACUUUUCAUAUUUUGCUUUGUAACAUCUCUGUUUUAUCUUAAUAAAGAAACAAGUAACAAAUA